UUCUCGUAGUGCCCCGGCUUCCGGCGCCUUCCGGGUUGGCGCGCGCGGCCGCGGCCCGGUUUACUGCGCAGCAAUGGAGAGCGGCUUCGGCUCGGACUUCAGCGGCACGGGCAGCGGGAAGCUGGACCCGGGAGUCAUCAUGGAGCAAGUGAAAGUGCAGAUCGCCGUGGCCAACGCACAGGAGCUCCUGCAGAGGAUGACAGACAAAUGUUUCCGGAAGUGCAUCGGGAAGCCCGGGGGCUCCUUGGAUAACUCGGAGCAGAAAUGCAUCGCCAUGUGUAUGGACCGCUACAUGGAUGCCUGGAACACCGUGUCCCGCGCGUACAACUCUCGACUGCAGAGGGAACGAGCCAACAUGUGACCGACACCUGUGCCUCGGGACACCGUAUGCUUGCUCAUGAUCAGAACUGUUUCUCCAUUCACAAGGGCGGCUCCUGUCCUACGGCCCCAAAGUCUGGCAGCAUGGAGGGCUCAGGAGUUGAGGCCUCUCCCCUGGGCUGCUGUGCCUAGCCCAGUCUUAAAAGAGUGAGGACUGGUUUGAGCUCGGGGAUCUGCCUGCCCCCACCUGAGCUGUGACCUAAGAGCAGCCCAAUAAAUCGCUGCUGGGACAGAGAA